AGACCGACCGAGUCUCUGAAAUCGUCACCCUUGCAUUGGUCCAAGAUUCAUCUCGUGUUCAGUCAGCACAGUUGAGACACUUAGCAUCAUGCCUUUCACAGUUCCCGAACCAUACUGCUGGGAUGACAGCUUCAUGACCUUCUACGACCAGGUGGACAACGAGCACAAGGGACUUUUCCAGAUCAUCUUUGAUGUUGCCAUCAACCCCAUCUGCUCGGAAACCUUGAAGAAGUGCUUGGACCUGAUGGUUGCUCACUUCACAUAUGAGCAGGGAGUCAUGAUCAGGGCCAACUACCACGGCUUCCCGGCCCACAAGGCUGCGCACGAUGAGUUCAUUGGAAAGCUCAGCAGGUUGACGGCCCCAGUCAAUAUCGACGAUGUCGACUUCUGCAAGGACUGGCUCGUCCAGCACGUCAAGAACUUUGACUUUGACUACAGAGGCAAGCUGUAAGAUGUAUCUGCUGAUGACCAACCCCCUCAACAACUAACUGUUGCGACCAAGCACGUCCUGUUUCCGAGCCUUUGAUGACCGCAAGGCCCCGCCCUCCGCCUUAUUCACGCCAGUUCGUGGAUGUUGCUAUUUUUAAUCUAUAGCUACCUCUUGCAUUUAUUCAUAAUGUAAAAGUCGAAAUACCACGAAGAACUAAAUUUUCAGCAAUAUCUGUGAUGUCUGGAUUUUUAAAUAUCGAUAGAGAGGAAAUAGUAGCAUUUAGAUGUAAAUUUUAUGGUAUAUAGAAACUUUUUGGCUCUUGAAUUAAUAAUUCAUUUUUCUUUUAAAUGCCCUUCAAUGUUUCUAUUUUCGGCAAUUAAUAAAAAAGAUUCACCUACGUUAUUGUA